CCUUUCACUGUACCAAAAAUAAGUGGUACAUUGAAAUCGCCUGCUCAAUGGUUCACAAGUAUUUUUCUAGACGUUCUUAGACUUUCUAAACCUUCAUAGGAACCAUUUCUUUAUAGAUUUGCAGAAAAUGUCAGCAGAAGUCAUUUUACUGCACCAAAUUUGCGAAAUACACAGCAAAAUCACCUGAAAACUUUUUGUGCACAAUACCCAGAUGCUUCCAUAGGUUUUCUGGAAUUUAUCUAUACAAACUCACUUAUGAUUUGAUCUUUUAUUAUGAGUACGCUUGUGCUUGUGCAAGCACAUGCCAGCACUAGUACCAAAACAUGAUCAUCCCAUCUUUAUUUGUCGAUUAUUUAUGUGAACAAAUGGUUCAGUGAAUGUGUCAUGCAAUUUUUGCCCACCAGGGCUCAGUCUAAAGCCAUGCAAACUAAUCUCUCAGUUAGCGAGGAAUCCUUAUCUAAAUGCCAAAUUAUCCACAGCAGAGAAUGGCUAAUUUGAUUUUCUUACUGAGAGAGAGAAAGAAAGAUAGUGAGAGCACUGUGCAUUCACUGGAAAUACAAUGUUGCAUGAAACGUUACAUGGUGUGGACAAAAUAACAAGAACACUUGACAAGAAAAAAAAGUUUAAUACAAUCCCCCUCCAGUAAAUUCCACCUUUGUGAAGCUUAUAAUGUUCACAUUUUGAUGACAUUCUGUCAGUGAGUUGUUUGUUAAACUGUGUGGCGGGGUUAAGCCUGUGUAAUUAUGGGACUGAUGUAUAGAUAAUGAUAUAUGUCAGAGGUAAUGUUUUGUGCCUUUGGUUACUAUAAAAGUUAAAAAAUUCCAUGUUUUGACUUAGAUUAGUUAGACAUGUCUGUUUAAUUUCUACAUUUGCCUGUUGGUAAUUAGUCUUCCACUCAAAUAAAUAAGUAGAUUAUUUUAGGAAGUAGCUCAUGGUAUUAGGCUACUACAUGUUAAAUGGGAAGAGGUGAUGGAAGCAAUAACUGGCUAUAAUAAUGUGGUGUACAGUUUGACAGCUACAACUAGUAUUGUAAUGAUCCCUAAAUGCACAAAGUCUGCUAUUAUAUUCCCUCAACACUGAAGCAGUUAUUCUUCAUCAUUUUUGUCAAUACAUUGCAAGGACUAUUAACUCUAUCAAGAACUGGUAAUGCCACACAGGAUGCACUUAUAGCAAAAUUAGAUUGAAGUUUACAUGUCGCCUUUUCAACACGUCAUUAUUGUCAUCCGUUCACAAAUGCGUUUAAAUGCUGUAAGGCAUACGUUGUGUCAGUGUCAGUGCACAUACAAUAUUUGUAUGUCAAGAUGUGUACAGAAGGCAUGAUGUGUCAUUGAUGGAUUAAUCAUCAAAUAAUAAUAAGGAACAAUGGGUUGUGACAGAUUUUAUGAGUGCAGAAUGCAAAAGCUGUAUAUGUCUGAUAUAUUUGUCUUUCAUCAAGGGUGAGUGUUGUAGCAUCCCUUUUGAGAUGUCUUGUUAUGUUUUGAGUUUUGAGUUUGUAUCCACACAUCCAUUUACUCCAUUUGCAUCUAUCUCCUUAUGUUGAUUCCUCAUUUUAAUUCAUUGACUUGUACAACGACUUACUUGUUUUGAUCAUGUCUUCUCUCUCAGCUAGAGUGUAGAUAGUUAGAGACUAAUUUGACAGCUGUAAUUAGAUGUGAUCUAACUCUGAAGGUCCAUUAUCUCUAAUAAAGGCUACUUAAAGUAAUUAUAGUACAGCCUUUUGAGCAGACACCAGCAUAGAGAUUAGAUAAUUACCACAAUGGUCUGUGCAAGGACAGGUCCAGGGAGAAAAACAGACUUGAAAGUAACAGAUCUUUUGUGACACUUAAAGUGAUGUUUCCAUCCUCUGAUACUCAGGAGUACGCUUGCCCUUUCACAUCACUCUCAAACUGGAGUCAAACGGAGGCGUUGCUGUGAAGCCAGGGGAAUCAGACAGAAUUUACAAAAUGAAGCGUAACCACAGAUUCACUGGUAUUAUGAUCUUAUGACAAUGGAUAUCCCAAAAGAGGAAUCAUCCUCAGUAUCUGUCAAAGUUGUGACCCGCUGCUGCUCUACUGCUAAUGUAACAUUGGAGCUAAAAUCACCUGCCUCUGCCACCGAGUAUUCGAGUGUGGAAGGUCCUGGAUCGAGGCUGGAUCGUGGGCUUUGAAAUUGCAGGGGCAGUGAGGCCCUGGGCAUGUGCCUGGAGUGCCUGUGCGUAGAUCCGGCCAUGAGUCUACAAGACCACACUGCACAGCUUGCAGGAUAACAUAUGAGCUGCAUGUGUGGCUGACAGAUCCAGCUCAGCAUGUGAGAUUUCCUCUGUAGCAACAAGGCUUCAGGAUGGAUCUACCCUCCUAGCACAGAAGAAGUCUUCUUGGCAAGUUUGUUUCACAUUUAGGAGAAAACAAAACGUUUCUUCUCCUCAAGACAAGAUUUCCUUCAUCUCCGCGCAUCAGCUUGCAACCUUCACGAUGACGGCAACCGGGCUACAAUCACGCGUUAUGCUCCUGCUUUGCUUCAUCUCCACCGCAGCGUGCAAUAUGUUUGCAUUCACCGAGGAGCCCUCUGAGAGAGUCGGGAGGGGAGACGGGUAUUGUAGUCGAAUAUUACGGGCUCAGAGCAAUCGGAAGGAGGGCAACACGGAGUUUCGUCUCCGCGUUGAGGGAGACCCGGAGAGCUAUCAGCCAGGGAGCACAUACAGAGUGACUCUGAUUGCAUCCAGCCCCUCCUACUUUAGAGGGUUCACUCUUAUUGCUCUGAGGGAGGGCGCAGAAGGAGACAGGGAUGAAGACUACAUUGGAAAUUUCCAGAUAAUUGAUGAGGAGGAAACACAGUUUAUGACUAACUGCCCUUCUGCAGUGACCGAGAGCACUCCUCGCAGACGCACCAGCAUCCAGGUGUUUUGGACUGCGCCCCCUAGUGGCUCCGGCUGUGUCCUCCUCAAAGCGAGCAUUGUGCAGAAGAGGAUCAUCUAUUUCCAGGAUGAAGGCUCACUCACCAAGCGAAUGUGUGAGAAAGAAUCCCUGUAUGGAGAUGCUACAGAUAAACCUGUGCUCGACUGUUGUGCCUGUGGAACUGCCAAGUACAGAGUCACCUUCUAUGGGAACUGGUCAGAGAAGAUUCAUCCCAAAGACUAUCCCCGUCGUGCCAAUCACUGGUCAGCCAUCAUUGGUUCAUCCCACUCUAGGAACUAUGUGCUGUGGGAAUAUGGAGGCUUUGCGAGUGACGGAGUCAAACAGGUUGCUGAGCUGGGCUCCCCGGUCAAAAUGGAGGAGGAGAUCAGACAGAAGGGUGAUGAUGUCCUGACAGUCAUCAAAAUGAAAGCACAGUGGCCAGCCUGGCAGCCACUUAAUGUGCGAGCUGCGCCUUCAGCUGAAUUCUCAGUGGACCGCACCCGUCACCUUAUGUCCUUCCUGACCAUGUUGGGGCCCAGUCCAGAUUGGAAUGUGGGUCUGUCUGCUGAGGACUUGUGCACUAAGGAGUGUGGCUGGGCUCAGAGGGUGGUCCAGGACCUUAUCCCCUGGGAUGCAGGCACUGACAGUGGGGUGACAUAUGAGUCUCCCAACAAGCCCACUAUGCCCCAGGAAAAAAUCCGUCCCCUGACCAGUCUGGACCAUCCACAGAGUCCUUUCUAUGAUCCUGAAGGGGGCGCCAUCACUCCUGUGGCCAGGGUUGUGGUGGAACGUAUUGCUAGAAAGGGUGAACAGUGUAACAUUGUGCCAGACAAUGUGGAUGACAUUGUAGCAGACAUUGCCCAGGAGGAGAAAGAGGAAGAUGAUACUCCGGAGACAUGCAUCUAUUCCAACUGGUCUCCAUGGUCUGCCUGCAGCUCAGCCACUUGUGAAAAGGGCAAGCGGAUGAGGCAGAGGAUGUUAAAGGCCCAGUUGGACCUUAGUGUCCCCUGCCCUCACACACAGGAUUUUGAGCCUUGCAUGGGACCUGGAUGCAGUGAUGAGGAUGCAUCCACCUGUAUGAUGUCAGAGUGGAUCACCUGGUCUCCAUGCAGUGUGUCUUGUGGGAUGGGCACACGUUCUCGGGAGCGUUAUGUUAAGCAGUUCCCCGAUGAUGGCUCAAUCUGCACCCUGCCUACAGAGGAGACCGAAAACUGUGUGGUCAACGAGGAAUGCUCCUUAGCUCCCAGCAGUUGCUGGGUUACAGAAUGGGGUGAAUGGGAUGUCUGCAGUGCCACUUGUGGUCUUGGCAUGAAGAAGAGGGAGCGCAUGGUGAAGAUGAGUCCUGCAGAUGGCUCUAUUUGUGGAGCAGAGGUGCUGGAAGUGGAGAAGUGCAUGAUGCCAGAAUGUCACACAAUCCCCUGCAUGCUUACUCCAUGGUCUGACUGGAGUGACUGCAGUGUGACAUGCGGCAAGGGAUUAAGGACCCGCCAGCGCAUGCUCAAGUCUCCUGUGGAGUUGGGAGAGUGUACAGAAGAGUUAGAACAGGUGGAGAAGUGCAUGCUACCAGAAUGUCCCAUAGACUGUGUCAUGUCAGAGUGGAGCGAGUGGUCAGAGUGUAAUAAGUCCUGCGGGAAAGGUCAUACAAUCCGGACACGCAUGGUGAAGCUGGAGCCUCAGUUUGGCGGAGACCCCUGUCCUGAAACCAUCCAGAGGAAGAAGUGUAAGAUCAGGAAGUGCAACAGAGGACAAGGGAACAGUGAUGAGAAGAAACGACGCAAGGAGCAGCGUGAAAAAAGGAGGAGCAAACAGGGCAGGGCUGAGGUCACCUCCGAGCAUCCAGGGUGUAAAAUGAGACCGUGGUCAAGUUGGACAGAAUGUACCAAGCUGUGCGGUGGAGGUAUUCAAGAACGGCUCAUGACAGUGAAGCAGAGGUUUAAGACUGCCCAGCUGUCCAGCUGCAAGGACAGGAAGGAGAUCAGGGCUUGUAAUGUGCACCCCUGCUAGGAAGGAGUAUGGGAGCAGGGGUGGUGUGGAGGGGAGGGAGGGUGAGGAAUGACAGUGGGGCUGGGAACAGGGCAGGGUAUGGCACACUGUCACACAAUGAUCCAAUGCACUCUGUUUGGGGCUGAAAUGGCACAUACUGGAUUCUGUAUUGGUUUAAUCCAGAGCCCUGUUGGUGGCUAAAGGGAAGGUUAUGGAUCUCUGAGGUUUCCAUCACUUAUCCUUCACCUUCAAGUCAUGAAAGGGUAAAAAUCUUUCUGGAAAACUCUGGAUUUAAACCAAGCUGAUUCUUCUGUGCUUUCAAGCGAGCUCUGAUACACAUAUAGCUCUUUUGCAAGAUUACUGUAAACUUGUUGUGGUAUAAUAUAUCUUGAAAAUAUAAUUAUGAAAUAUGAAUUGAUUGAAUAAGAUAAAGACCUGUUAUAUCUUGUGAUAUCCUUAAGUAGUACACUAAAUUCCAGAAUUUAAAGCACAGGUGCCCAGCCAUUCCAGUGUUUUAUAUGCCUUCAUAUUAAAGUUCAGUUGUUUCUAGGACACAAAAUGCCCAGUUGACUUUUUACCCGACUAUAUUGUUGUACAUGUAGAUGCACCACGAUUGAGAUCUAUAUGAUUUUGAGCAUUAUUAGAAGAUUUUGUUAUUUUUUUGCUGUGGAAUUUUUUGAUAAGAAUGUGUCCCAGGAUUCUUACCAAAGUCUUGUGUAGAUGUUUUCUAGAUGUCUUCCCCUCCUUUUCUUUAUCUCUGUUCCUCUAACAUAUUAAUAUUUUGG